CGAAAGAAAUUUAUAGCACUGUGGGUCGUCUUCUCCGCCCACGCAACAAGCCAAGGCAUCGCCUACGCCAAAGCAAAUCAGAUCGAAUUAAGCUCUCUCUCAGUUUCUUCUCAUCGAAUUAAGCGAAACGGUUUCAGAAAGCUUUAGCAGAAACCCCAAUUCAUCUCCGAAAUCGUCGCAGGGUUUCUCGUCUUGAUCGGAGAAGAAAUCGUCGAAAUUGGGCGGAAAUGCUCAGCGAUGGAGAAGACACUCCUUCAAGGCAUGAAAUCCUGAGUAUGGUAAGAAAGCACUCAAAGUCGUUAGGGAAACUCGGAGCUAAUGAGAAAGAUGCUUCGGAUGUAGAAAUGGACUCGAAUUUCUGGCAUGGAAUCUUUGAUGUGUAUUUCAUUCGCGGCAACGAAUCAAGGGGACGACAAGACGACGAUCUUCUGUUUUUUGUGAAGAAAAUGAGCUGUAAACCAUAUGGUUUGAACGAAAAUGAGGAAGCUCCAGCCCCUUACUUUGUGCGCAGGUGGGCACCUAAGCAGUUAGACGAGAUCCUUGGUGAAAGCCUUCCCGACGUUGAUUGGAGGAAAUCGUUUUAUUUGAAUAUGAUUGCUCACACGUCGUUCACUGUGACAGUGGCAAUUUGCAGUCAUGAGGCUCUAAAGAGUUAUCAAACAGAUAGGGACACAUCACUAUCCCCUGUGUACAAGGUUGUAAAAACCGUCUAUGCCUCACCUAGCCGUGUUAAUUUUCAUCUAGACUCGAAGAAGGGAGACGAGACGACACCUGCCUAUCCGGAUAUUAGUUUUGCAGUUGAUGAUUUUGACUCAACCUUUGAUGCUGUGGUUUUGACAGAAAAAGAUCACUGCUAUUGUGUGCUUCUUAAUGCCCAUGAUGGAGCUGCAUUUCCAAGUGAAAAAGGGGAAGAUGCUAACAAUGCAAAUACCGAUUCCGACUCCUCAAGGAUGAAAAAUGCCAAGGUUACUCUGUUCUCUGGAUUUGUCAGCUAUCACAUGGUUCGAGAUGCCUAUGAAGCGGGGAGGUCUCGGUUCGGGAGUCUUCUAUCGCUCGGACAUAACACGGGUAAAGCGGAUAGACUUUAUAUGAGGGGUCCCGGAGGAAGGGGAGAAGUAGAAGUAGCUGUUUCCGGUGUUAUAGAUCAGAGCGGGGUAGAUGUAGGGCCUAUGUCGCCGUUGCAGACGAAGAAGAGGAUAGGACUGGGGUCGAUAUUCCACAGAGCGGCGACCGUUGCAACGGUAGCAGCGAAACAAGCGAUAGCUGCGGCUACUUCGGCAUCAUCGGACGAAGAUGAGAUGAUGUUCCCUCUGAAGUGCUGUUUGAUGUCCAUUUCAUUGCCAUGGGACUCCAUAGCUCACGAUCUCCUCUUCAAGGGGUCUCCUCCGGUGAACAUGUGAGAAAAUCUCCAAUGGGAUAACCUUCGAAGGGCUUUUCGCAUUCGUAUGCAUUCGUUUUCGUGUUUUACGGGAAGUGAGGAAUUAUGCACGAAACCACUUCUCCUUUUUAUAGUAAUGGGUGGAUACAGGUCGGGUAACUGAUCGGGUUUCGGAGUUCGGAAUAUCCAUCCUCGUAUC